AUGUGGAGAUGCUUUCGGUUAUUGUAUCGAGCUAUUCUUACUAUGGAGAAAAAGGCUAGGCCUGUCAUCCUCCUAGGAAUUAUGGUUUGCAUUCUGUUCUAUUACAUGUUUGAGAACGAACUCGAUAUGUUGAACUCUCAUGCAGAUAUGGAACUGUUACCUCAUAUAAGUCGAGAUUCAGAUGGUUUUAGUGAAGCUUUGUCACCUGCUGCUGCCGCGGCCGCUGCAAGGGAUCGUGGUUUUGUUGAAGGACUGCUGCAGGCGGAUGUGCUACUUGAGAAAAAUAAAUACUUCCCUUUGCUCUUGGAUUCAUGGGAAGAAGCAUCGUCAUUGAUUAAGUCUAAUCAGCGCACAUCAUUCUCGAAGAAACUGAAAUAUUGGGAGUUGCUUCCUCGUGUAGCGUUGCAAAGCUCGUUAUGGUCAUCAAGCAAUGAUUAUGGAACAAUACAGGCCGACAAAGAUUUGCUGGUAACUGAUAGUUCGAAACUAGCAGAUAUUAAAACUGCCUUUCUACAAGGAUGGGAUUUAUAUAAGCAGAAUGCUUGGGGUCACGAUUAUGUCCGUCCUUUCUCUUUACAGUCCGGCGAUGAUAAUCAUCUCGCUACUACCAUGAUAUUAUCCUUGGAAACUCUCUAUCUCAUGGGAGAAACAGAGGAAGCGAGGAAAAUUAUAGAAUACCUAGAGAAUUUCAAGUUUGACCUGAAUGCGAUAUCUGCUGACUGGAAGGUCACUCAAGAGCCGGUUUUGGGUGCAUUGUUAUCUGCAUAUGAAUUGUCAGGAGAGUCAAUCUUACUAGAUAAAGCUGUUGAAUUAGCGGACAUUAUUUUACUUGCAUUUGACACCCCAAAUGGUGUUCCGAUGGUCCCAUUCAAUGUACGUUCGCCGUUAACGAAACAGUAUGCAUACAGAAGGACAAAGGUUGCAUCUUUAGCAGGACUAAGUGUUACUUUUACACGGUUGUCACAACUUACUAAGGAUCAGAAGUAUUUUAACGCAAUUUACUACAUGUACGAUAUUGCUGGCAAAUCUGUUGAUCAGUUUGACCUUCCCGGACUACUUACUGACUUUGUUGAUGCUAGCGGCUGUGAACCGAAAUUCUAUACUGAUUCUGAUAAUGCUGAAUCUGGUACAAAAAGUAUUUAUAAAGGCAGGUAUGUGAACUGCAUACCGUUCCAAAGGUUUUCUAGUCCUGUUAAGGUAUGUCCUUUUUCUCCCCCCGAUAAUAAUGCAGCCGAAAAAACUAGAAAGUCGCAAUGUGGGAAGGAGGAAUUGAAUUCGUAUUCUUGGGAAGGCUUGGCAGAUUGGUAUGAGAGCUUGUUACAAUUAGUUCAGAUCCUAAAUGAGCCUGAACUCGUAUUCAAAUUCAUAGAUCUAUUUGAAAGAGGCAUUGAUUCAGUUAUGAAAUAUAUGAUUUAUGAACCAUCAUUGCCUGACAUUGAAUCAGCUGUUUCAGAUGCCAAGGUAAGAUUUGUUAGUUCUGUGCGUACCUGGAGGCAAUAUGAUGCAAUCCAUCCUACCUUAGAGGUGAAAAUUAUGAGAAACUUCGAUAUGACACCGAGGAGCUGCUCACUGUCUGGGGUAUUGACAGUGGCAUCAAAGGUAUUCAAAAAAUCGGAAGAUCGUUAUAUGGCUUUAGCUAAAGAGAUAUUGAAUGGCUGUAUUAAGGUGAACGAAUUGUGGGGCUUUACGCCUAAGACACUAUACGUUGAUCAAUGUGAAGCGACGGACUGUGUUUUUGAUGAAGACAUUAAACGAAGAAAGCUUCAAUCCGGAGCGUACAACCUAAAAGGAAAUAAAGAGUAUGAAGACAUUAUUGAUAGCAUCAAUAAAGCAAGCUUUGAACCUCAAUCCGACAGUUUAGAAAAUGAAAAGAGCAAAAGUUAUUCCUUUUAUGACUUAGAAUCAGUGUUGGAUCUUUCUUUAGAGGACUGGGAUGAUCAGCGACCUCUCUUUGUUAACAAAUGGGAUAAAAGUCAUGACCUGAAUAGUGAGCUAAUUGGUAGUAUCUUCUAUAUGUUCCGUACAACAGGUGACCCUAAAUGGAGAAAAAUCGCUUGGCAGCUGUGGGAGACACUCAUGGAGAAGACACUUGAGAAUGGGGCUAAAGGUAUUAAACAACAUAUUCCUAGUAGCUUUUCCGAUUUUAACUUAGGAAUAAAAGAAGACUAUUUACCACCUGAAUGGUUUAGCAAGACUCUAAAGUAUUUUUACCUCAUAUUCAGCGAUGGAUCUGAUAUUGGGAAUUUGGAUGAAUGGCUCAUUUCUACUAAAGGAAAUCUCGUUAAAAAGACAGCUAAGACAAACUAA